UCUCCUUUUCAGCUUUUUGCAAUCUUUGCAUUUGCAACAUGUGGUGGCUAUUCUGGCGCACUGAGGCUGAGCGUGGAUUGUGCCAACAAAACCGAGAGUGACCUCAGCAUUGACAUAGACUUUGCCUAUCCUUUCAGGUUGCAUCAGGUGACUUUCGAGGUGCCCACCUGUGAAGGAAAACGGCGAGAGAAGCUCGCCUUGAUAGGCGACUUCUCAUCAUCAGCAGAAUUCUUCGUCACCAUUGCGGUGUUUGCCUUUCUCUAUUCACUGGCUGCCACUGUCGUUUACAUUUUCUUCCAGAACAAGUAUCGUGAAAACAACAGAGGCCCACUCAUUGAUUUCAUCGUCACGGUAGUGUUCUCCUUUCUGUGGCUGGUUGGUUCAUCAGCUUGGGCUAAAGGACUGUCUGACGUCAAGGUAGCGACAGAUCCAAAGGAAGUUUUGUUACUGAUGUCGGCUUGUAAGCAACAGUCCAACAAAUGCAUGGCUGUCCAUAGCCCUGUCAUGUCGAGUUUAAAUACUUCUGUGGUCUUUGGCUUCUUGAAUUUUGUUCUCUGGGCAGGAAACAUUUGGUUUGUUUUCAAGGAGACUGGAUGGCAUUCUUCUGGCCAGAGGCAUCUCUCAGAGCCGAUGGAGAAGCACUCCAGCAGCUACGGCCAUGGAGGAUACAAUCGAGACAGCUACGGGCCAAGUGGCGGGUAUAACCAGCCGGCAAAUCUCGGGCAGCCUGCUGAGGAAUUUGGCCAGCAGCCUAGUGGCCCCACUUCCUUUGCCAAUCAGAUUUAAUAUGGCAGAGUUUGAUUUCUUAUGGAAACCGUUCACUAUGAUAGAAUUCAAUGGCACAAGGAUUUUCAUUUUAUUAAGAGCUGGAAUCAAAUAUUAAUAUAGAAAGUAUUUAAUGCAAAUCAGAGCUCUGUAGCUCUCAUUAAACAAGGAAGGCCCUAGGUUGUGAUAAAUGGUACUUUGAGACUAGUUGAGAUGAUCUAUUAUUUAGUAUAGGUGGCUAAGUGGACAGUGUCUUCUUAUAUGUACAGAUAAUUUUACAGUAGUUUUGUAUGUGUACCAAGGUAGUAGAAGUAUUUUGUAGCCCAAAGUCUUGAGUCCGUCAUAUUUGGAACAUAAAAUAGUAUAGAGUUUUCUUAUCCAUUUCAAUGGGAAACAAAAUUUUAAUAUGAUUUCUAAGCAAUGACUUGGUGUGAACCACAAAAUGCAUGCUGUAUAAUUGCUAAGUUUACAACACUGCCGGUUUGUGAAUCUUUGUAAGUUAUUUUAGACAAUUGUACCUUUUUGCUCCCUUUGAUAAUAAAAUUUAGUGCAUGAAUUGGCAUUUUCUCCCAAACUGAAUGUUUGAACUGUAUUUAUGGAAACUUCCCAACUGCACCCUGACUCAUUGUAUAUUUAAGGAAAUGGACUGCCUGUUGUGUAUAUUUUGUGAAUUUGGCUCUCUGGUUCUAAUAGAGUGCUUAAAGCAUUGUAAUAAAGAUAUGUUCCCAACUAAGGGGCAUUUGAGAGUAUUACUGUAAUUGCCUAAUAUGUACACCCUCUCUGUAAAAUCAGUAGUUUUAUCCAUUGUAAUGUGCACUGACUUUUUUGUGAAUUUUUUCGUGUGAGUCAUGGAUGAUAAGGACCAAGUAGCCUGUGGUUCCUGUACUUGAGGAGGUAUUUCUGUCGAUAGGCUGAUGGAGGUGAAGACUGUCAGCAACUCUAGUUAAGAAUAGGUGUCCCUGGACUGUGUGUGCUAUUGUAAAGUACUCAUGACUCCCAGGACUAGCUAUACUCUAACAUGAUGGUUCUACCUAGCUAACUAUCAAAAAUUCCCAAGUUUUACUACACUUCUCAAAUGAGCAGUUCUUGCUUGGGCACUAUCAAUAGAUUAGAAAGAUCAGGAACAACUUUUUUUUUCUAAAUGAGCUAUUCUCCAGUGCAAAAAGAAUAACUUGCAAAGUCUCCUUUUGCCCCAUUUGUGAUAAAGAAUAUGGCAGUCUUCAUCUCUGGGAUCUAAAUCAUUUGGAAACCCAGAACAAAACAGGAUUAGCAAAAGCAGGUAUCUACAUUCCUAUGUAAGAGUGUUACCAAGAUAUACUGUAUGAUCCGUAAUGUUGGAAGCAUUUUAACCAUGUUGCAUCUUAUAUGAUAAUUGUAACCAAUUUCUGGCUACUUGGUGGAUGAAUCUAUAUUGUGAUAUCUAUUUGACUCUAAUAAAGUUAUUGCAUACAAAUCUGUUGAAA